AUGUUUGCCGACUCUGGAAAUCUUAUCAGUCGCGAAGAUUACGGCAAAGGAUAUGCAUUGUAUGCUAUAGAUCUCACUCCGGAUCUUACCAGCUCGGAACAUUUUAAUCCUGUUCAAACUGGAAACGUUCGCCUAAGUAUUCAGUUUGCGCGAGCUCUGCCAAAUACAGUCACCUGUUUAGUUUACGCCGAGUUUGAGAGCCUUAUCGAAAUAGACAAGAGCCGAAACAUUAUAUUUGAUUUCAGCGCAUGAACUCCACCACGAUAGAGAAAAUUCUACGCUCCGAUAAUUGCACUAAACAUGUGUUUGGUGGUGUCUACGCAUCGGAUAAACUGCCUGAGACAGUGGAUAGUUACCCCAAAGCCUAUGUGGUAAAUGUUGAUGAAAGUUACAUGCCCGGCUCACAUUGGGUCGCAUUUUGGUUUGCUAGUCCUACAUAUGGUGAAUUUUUUGACUCACUUGGCCAAGAUCCCGAAGCAUAUACAUUGUCAUUUGUAUCAUUCCUGGCAAAAAACUGUUCGAAAUGGACAUGCAAUCGUCGGACUCUUCAAUCGCCUUUUUCAAGCGUCUGUGGACAUUUCUGUAUUUAUUUUAUAUACUAUCGUUGUAGAAAUAUAGCUACGAGUACAAGAGAACAUAAGUUUACUCGGAACCUUGUAAAAAACGAUGAACUUGUUGCAGCUUUUGUAAGAGCGAUAUUUCAUGCAAAAUCACGCAACAAAUUUGGUCAGAAGGCUAUAGCAAAGUACUCAAAAACAAUGUAA